CAGAAUGAAUCAUCAUGAGCGGCAGAGAAGAAGGAACAGAGGUCAUCAUCAAUGUCAAGCUAAUGAUGACGAGAGUCAGCAUCUUUCUGUUGGAGUCCCGGUCUCCCACAGACGUAAAAGGCGUAGACACCACUCCUGUGCCAGUGAUGGCGACCAUAGCACAAGACACAUGCAUUAUGGCCAACACACCCAUCAUGAACAUGGACACAGAGGCUAUUACUAUGAUGAAGAAGGGCAAUAUGAAGAUGAUGAGCAGGGGAGUACACAGUGUCAGGAGCACACUGACCCCACAGUGCCUCCUGCAGCAGAACGACUGCGUCACCUACUGGGAGAGGAUGACAGUACUCCUACACCAACCUUAUUCACUGAAAUGGACACACUGCAACAGGAGGGUGGAGAAUUAGAGUGGAAAGCGUCCUGCAGGUGGGUGAAGUUUGAGGAGAAAGUGGAGGAGGGCGGAGAAAGAUGGAGCAAGCCGCACGUCUCCACACUGACCCUUCACAGCCUGUUUGAGCUGAGAACCUGCCUGCAGACAGGAAGUAUUCUCCUGGACCUGGAGGGGUAUUCACUGCCACAGAUAGUGGAUGAGAUUGUGGAGCAGCAGGUCACAGAUGGUUGCAUUUCUCCUGAUCUAAAAGAGAAGAUCAUUUUUGUGCUGCUGAGGAGACAUCGACAUCAGACAAAGAAACCAAUCCACCGUUCGCUAGCAGACAUCGGGAAGUCCUCAAACCCUACUUCUAGCCGUAGUCCUCAGGUAAAUCUGAGUCGUAGCAUUAGCUCUGCCUCUGGGAUCCACCGCUCCACAGAGGACCUACACUCUCGGCAGUCGAGCAGCCUUGGCCGCCUGUAUCAUGCCCAGAGCCAGAGCAUGAAUGACAUUUCUGGAACACUGAGUUCAGAUCAGUUGAAGAACAAGUUCAUGAAGAAGAUCCCUCGUGAUGCCGAGGCUUCCAAUGUCCUGAUUGGUGAAGUGGACUUUCUUGACAAGCCUUUCGUCUCCUUUGUGCGUUUGGCUGAGGCCACGACACUGGGGGGCCUCACUGAGGUCCCUGUACCAACCAGGUUUCUUUUCAUCCUCCUCGGUCCUCCAGGGAAAACCAAGUCCUACAAUGAAAUUGGCAGGGCCAUCGCUACACUCAUGGUGGAUGAUCUGUUCAGUGAUGUUGCCUACAAAGCACGAGACCGCAAUGACCUAAUUGCAGGUGUUGAUGAGUUCUUGGAUGAGGUCAUUGUUCUGCCCCCCGGAGAAUGGGACCCCAAGAUACGCAUUGAACCCCCCAAGAAAGUUCCUUCAGCUGAAAUGAGAAAGUCAGUGCUGAAUCUAAAUGAGCUGAGUCAGAUGAAUGGCUCAGCGAGUGGAGCUGGAGGAGAUGAUGAAGACCUCCCUGCUCCACAUGAGCUUGGAGAGGAGCUGAAAUUCACUGGGAGGAUUGGCGGUGGUUUAUGGUUAGACAUUAAAAGGAAGAUUCCGUGGUAUUGCAGUGAUAUCUAUGAUGGCUUCCAUAUUCAGUCCAUCUCCGCUGUGCUCUUCAUCUACCUGGGCUGCAUCACCAAUGCCAUCACCUUUGGGGGACUGCUGGGAGAUGCCACUGACAAUUACCAGGGGGUGAUGGAGAGUUUCCUGGGCACUGCAUUAGCAGGAACUGUCUUCUGUCUCUUUGGUGGACAGCCUCUCAUCAUCCUCAGUUCGACUGGACCCAUUCUUAUUUUUGAGAAACUGCUUUAUGAAUUCAGCAAGAGCAGUAAGAUUGACUACAUGGAGCUGCGUCUGUGGAUUGGCCUUCAUUCAUGUCUGCAGUGUUUCGUGUUGGUGCUGACAGACGCCAGUUACAUCAUCAAGUACAUGACCCGCUUCACAGAGGAGGGUUUCUCCAGCCUCAUCUCCUUCAUAUUCAUCUCCGAUGCCAUCAAGAAGAUGGUGGGAGCAUUUAACUAUUACCCAAUCAACCGUGGCUUUAAGCCUGAUUAUGUGACUGCGUACAAAUGUGAAUGCCUCCCUCCAGAUCAGGGUGAGUCUAUUGGCCUAAACCUUUCAGCUCCUCUAGGCGACGACAACAUGACUCUGCUGUUUAACUUGACAGACCUGGACUGGAAUCAGCUAGAGUGUGUCCAGUGCGGCGGGUCCUUGGUGGGGAGCGCCUGUAAGUAUGUUCCUGACCUGGCGCUCAUGUCCUUCAUCCUGUUUUUUGGGACCUACUCUAUGACCGUGUCUCUGAAGAAGUUCAAGUCCAGCCACUACUUUCCAACAAAGCUGAGGAAGCUAAUCAGUGAUUUUGCCAUCUUUAUGUCAAUCAUGUCCUUUGUGGGUCUGGACAUGUUGAUGGGGUUAGACACGCCAAAACUAAUCGUUCCCACUGAGUUCAAGCCCACACGUCCAGACCGUGGUUGGUUGGUGAUGCCGUUCGGUAAGAACCCUUGGUGGUGGUACUUGGCCACCUUUGUGCCCGCUCUUCUUGUCACCAUCCUCAUCUUUAUGGAUCAGCAAAUCAGCGCUGUCAUCGUUAAUCGUAAAGAAAACAAGCUAAAGAAAAGCUGCGGUUACCACCUGGACCUUUUUUGGGUGGGUGUACUGAUGGCUGCGUGCUCCUUCAUGGGCCUACCCUGGUACGUCGCCGCGACCGUCAUCUCUAUCGCUCACAUCGAAUCGUUGAAGAUGGAGAGUGAGUGCAGCGCCCCUGGAGAACAGCCUCAGUUCUUAGGAGUCAGGGAGCAGAGGUUGACUGGAACACUGGUGUUUGUUCUCACUGGACUCUCUGUCUUCCUCGCUCCUGUCCUAAAGUACAUUCCUAUGCCAGUCCUGUACGGAGUGUUUCUUUACAUGGGGGUUGCCUCACUAAAUGGUAUCCAGUUUUGGGACCGUAUCAAGCUGUACCUGAUGCCAGCCAAACACCAGCCAGACUUCUCUUUUUUGCGACACGUACCUCUGAGACGCGUCCAUCUUUUCACACUUGUCCAGAUAGUAUGUCUUGCAGUUUUGUGGAUCCUCAAGUCCACAUUCCUGGCCAUCAUCUUCCCCGUCAUGAUCCUGGGUCUGAUGGUAGUACGCAAACUGCUGGAUCUGAUGUUCUCGCAGCAUGAUCUGGCCUGGUUGGAUGACAUUCUUCCUGACAAAGAGCAAAAGAAGAAGGAGGAUGAGAAGAAGAAGAAGACCAAGAAAGAGAAGAAGACAGCAGAGCCAGAGAGCGAUGAGGAGGUGAGGACAAUAUGACUUUUAGAUUGCACUUAGUUUUUUUUUUCAAAUAAUUUCAGUUCAGGGAAUUUAACAUUGCAAUUGUUAAUAAAAAUUAGCAGUUUGACAGACAUGUUCUAACACUGCUACAGCAGACUGAGUCAGGGAGAAGCUCACUGUGCCACUUCUGGCACAGGAACCCCUUAGAUCUAGCCCAAAACUAGAUUACCUGUGACUUGGUGAAUGUUUUUUCAUACUUACUCAGAUCUUAGUUUUUUUUGUGGAUAAAAAGUGACAUGAACAGAGUGUUGUUGAAGAACGUUCCUAAAAGUAAAGAAUACAUGUUGUUGAUUUUUUAACAUGUCUCACUACUCUGAUCCUGGGUCUGUUCUCUGACUAAUACUGUAUGUAUGUUUCUCCACUCUGUCCCACAGUGUUGCUGACAAGGCACCCUCACUACUGUCUUCUUGUCCCUGACAUGUCCCUCCUGUUACGUCCUUCUGUGUCUUUAAGGUAUCUCCUUGGGUUUGUCCACUCUCCAGUGUUGCUCUUGGUUAUCAGUGUGAACACAGUUAUUCAGAUUAGAAGUAGGGAUUCAGAUUAGAUGUAGGAAUGCAGGAUGAUACCUGAUCUGACAGAUUAUCUGUCAAUAUUCUGGUCAUUUUUAACAGCAUAAAUGAUGUUGUUUGAGCUGAUAAAUUUACCAACGAGUGCAGAGUUGUUUCUACACAGAGUCGAUCAUCCAGACGCUAGAUGUUUUCUUUUUUAUAAUAUAAUAUAAUAUUUUUUUGUUUAUUGUAUAAGUGAGGACCAGAUAAAGAUUGAUUAUUGGUAUCAGUUGAAAAAUAAAUCACUAUCAUGUAUUCCUUCUGAUAAAUCUAAUAGAGAUUUCCACAGUUCAAGGCCAUAGAUUUGUACCUGAAAAUAGCCUAAAAUAAAUGUAUUAUUUAAUUAUUAAUACCUUGAUUAUAUUAAAACCAGGU